UUUAGCGCUGGCGCGUUACAGUCCAAGCGAUCGGUGGAAAUACUUAAAUAACUUAAUACUGUUGCUUCCUCUAUAACUUAUAUAGUUCGUAUAUGGUUGAUUGUCUGUUCUAAAAAUGAACAAAAAUAUCGGCUUUGUGGAGCGCAUACGCUGGCGUUUGAAAACCAUCGAGCAUAAAAUCCAACAAUAUCGUCAAACCACAAACGAAUCGGUUUUAGCCGACACCGAAUAUGGCAAAGUGCGGGGCGUUAAGCGUUUGUCCAUCUACGAUGUGCCCUACUUUAGCUUUGAGGGCAUACCUUAUGCCCAGCCACCAGUUGGUGAGCUGCGCUUUCGUGCACCGCAACGACCCACACCCUGGGAGGGCGUCAGGGACUGUACGCAACCCAAGGAGAAGGCAGUGCAGGUGAAUUUCAUCUACGACAAGGUGGAAGGCGCCGAGGACUGCCUCUAUCUAAAUGUCUAUACGAAUAAUCUAAGUCCUGCCAAAGCACGUCCUGUUCUGGUCUGGAUACAUGGCGGUGGCUUCGUCUUGGGUGAGGCCAAUCGCGAUUGGUACGGUCCGGACUAUUUUAUUAAGGAGGAUGUCGUCUUGGUUACCAUACAAUAUCGCUUGGGUGCCCUGGGCUUUCUCAGCCUAAAGACGCCUGGCCUGAAUGUGCCCGGCAAUGCGGGUCUUAAGGAUCAGGUGCUGGCACUUAAAUGGAUUAAGAACAACUGCGCCAGCUUUGGCGGCGAUCCAGAUUGCAUAACGGUCUUUGGCGAAAGCGCCGGGGCUGCCUCCACGCACUACAUGAUGCUCACCGAGCAGACGCAAGGCCUCUUUCAUCGCGGCAUCCUGCAGUCGGGGAGUGCUAUAGCACCUUGGGCCUUUAAUGGAGAUAUCACGCAUCGCGCCUUCACCAUUGCCAAGCUGGCCGGCUACAAGGGCGAGAACAAUGAGAAGGAUGUGCUGCAUUUUCUGCAAGCAGCACCAGCCAGGGAUCUGAUACGCGUGGAGAAGCAUGUCCUGACGCCGGAGGAGCAUGCCAAAAAGGUGAUGUUCCCUUUUGGACCUGCUUUGGAGCCAUAUGCGACGCCUGAGUGUGUGCUGCCCAAGCAUCCGCGUGAAAUGAUGAAAAACGCUUGGAGCAACUCGAUACCCAUGAUGAUAGGCAACACCUCCUUUGAAGGGCUGCUCUGGGUGCCAGAGCUAAAAAUGAUGCCACAGGUGGUGCAGCAACUGGAUGAAGGCACACCCUUCGUGCCACGUGAGCUAGCAGAGCUCGACAGCGAGAAGAUUAGCAAUUGGGCUCUAAAGAUACGCAGUGCCCAUGUAACUGGCGAGAAGGCCACACCAGAUAACUACAUGGAUUUGUGUUCCAUGGUUUACUUUAUCUUUCCUGCUCUGCGCGUAGUGCGCUCUCGGCAUGCUCACGCCGCUGGCUCGCCCGUUUACUUCUAUCGCUACGAUUUUGACUCGGAGGAGCUAAUAUUCCCCUAUCGGAUCAUGCGUUUUGGGCGUGGCGUGAAGGGCGUCAGUCAUGCGGAUGAUUUGACCUAUCAGUUCACCAGUAUCCUAGCGCGCCGCAUGCCCAAGGAGAGUCGCGAGUACCGUAACAUUGUGCGCACGGUGGGCAUUUGGACGCAGUUUGCGCGAAGUGGUAAUCCCUAUAGCUCAGAGAUCAACGGCUUGGAUAUGAUUACAUGGGAUCCAGUACGCAAAAGCGACGAGAGUAUAAAAUGCCUCAAUAUAAGCGAUGAGCUUAAAUUCGAGGAGUUGCCCGAGUGGUCCAAAGUAAAGAUCUGGGAGAGUCUCUUCGAUGAUAACAGGGAGCUGUUGUUUUGAGACAAAAAAAAGUUGUUGGUAUGUGUAUUUGUACAUUAGUCAAUCUAUGUUGAUAUGAAUUUAAAAAA